AUGUUCUACCUUUCUUGGACGCCCUUAAUAUUCAGCUCCAUUCGACUGCCUGGACCACUGACGUCGGGGAUGGCUCUCAUGCCGGAUGACGCUAUAAAGUUUGCUAAGGAAAACGGCAUCGUUUCAUCUUAUGGAUGGCACGCUAAGUUUGACCAGAAAGAGGUUCGUGCAUCUCCACCGAAGCCACCGCGACUUAAAACGAUCGCAGAAUUUACGCCAAUGGCCUUUAGAUACCUAUAUCGAAUUUAUAUUCCGAAUAAAAAGGCAAAAACGAUGCCUUUUAUGGACCCCCUGAAUCCCAUUCGAAUGGAAUCCAUGUAUGGUGUGCCAUUAGGUGGCAUUGGUUGUGGCACAAUAGGGCGAGGCUUCAAGGGAGAGUUUUGUCGUUCAAGCCUUCGUCCAGGAAUAUACAAUCACAAAGUCAAUGUCGCUGAUCAGUUCAUCGUUUCGGUGUUUCGAGAAGGCCAAGUUUACCAAAAGGUGCUUUCACCACACACUAGUAGGUCUAGUAUUCCUCACGGUUUGUUGUCCUGGGAGUGGGGCUUUCCUGCCGACCGAGGCCACUACAUCGGUCUCUAUCCUCGCUCUUGGACCAUCUAUGAACUCCCCGAGGUCUAUUUAAUACUUAUUUGUGAGCAAAUCUCUCCGGUAAUUCCGCACAACUACAAGGAUAGUUGCCUUCCAGUGGGAGUGUUCCAGUGGACAGUGCUCAACUUUCAUCCCACGCAGGAGGCUCGGGUCUCGAUCACGCUGACCUGGCGUGGUCCACGGUAUAAAAAACAUCCGCCGCAGGAGCAUGGUACUGCGGGUGUGGAGUGCUGCGACUCCCAGGUAGUGAACGCCUCCGUCAGCACCGUAAAUGAUGAACUCACCCACACCUUCGAGAUCGAUGCUCUGCGCGGAUGCCUCAUGGAGACUUACAUCGGCCAUCAAAUGCCUUGCUGCUUUGGCGUCGCUGCUGCCGCCUCAAAUGAGGUGAAGGUUACCUGCUGCCCUGGAUUUCAAUGCAAGGCCCCGUGCAGAGUUUCUUCGCGCGGACGUUUGCGCCGUUCCGAUUCAAUAGAUGCGAAUCUGAUCCCCUCACCUCCCGUCUCCUCUUCCUCUGAGUCACAGCAGGCGUAUUCACAGAGCCUUCCGAGAGCUCAUACUCAGGCUCCUUUGGCUGCGCGCUUCUGGAAGGACCUCAAAGAAACAGGUUUGCUCAACGACGAUAAUAUCGGUUAUAGACGCGAGGGGAACAAGAAGCGCUCCCCCAAUUUAGUGAUGGCCGUAUGCGCUACGUGCAUUGUGCCGCCACCUCUCACCACCCUCCCUACUCCCACUCCUCGCCGAUCGGGGAUUGUGGGAGCGGGCUCAAGCACCCUCCACUUCUUCGUCACCUGGCACAUCCCUCGGGUCCAUUUCCGCUCGGCUAUCGUAGCUUAUCGACGAAGAUACACUCGGUGGUUUUCGGAGGACAUUGUCAAGGGAACGAAGGAGUUGCUUGCUUAUGCUGCGGAGAAUUGGCGCAACUGGAGGAAGGCGAUCAUCGAGUGGCAGUCACCAAUCCUCUCCAACCCCAACUUACCGGAUUGGUACAAGUCGGCUCUGUUCAAUGAGCUCUACUUCAUCUCAGAUGGCGGGACUGUGUGGCUGGAUCCUCUGCCAUACACCAACGACCCUCGUGAAGAGCCGCCCAUUGACGCAGUACGCAAACGCAAUCCUCACGUUGCAAUGGAUCCGCUCAACCUCACUGGUCGAGGCUCCACCAAGUCGGCCUUAAGCGCCACCACCGCUAACAACCACGUCUCACCCUUCCGGGUCCGCACCGCUCACGGCCACGAGAUGGGUCUCUUCGCCUACCUUGAAGGUCACGAAUAUCGCAUGUUCAACACCUACGAUGUGCACUUCAAUGCCUCGUGGGCGCUGAUAGAGCUGUGGCCGAAGAUCGAACUGGCGGUGCUCUACGAUCUUGUGGACAUGACUAUCUCAGAGGACUCUACUCCGGUGACUUUCAUCUACAAGGGCCUCAAGGGCCCGCGCAACGCUCCUCUUGGGGUGCCUCACGAUUGCGGUGACCCCGAGGGAGAGCCCUGGGUCAACGUCAACGCCUACAUUAUGUAUCCCACCGACAACUGGAAGGAUCUGUCGCCAAAGUUCAUCCUAAUGGCAUGGCGGGACUGGAAGAUCACUGGUGAUGACGCCUUCCUCCAUUACGUCCUACCUGUCGUGCUGAGUGUUGUUCAGUCCUGCUUGGAAAAGUGGGAUGCUGAUGGAGAUGGGAUUAUCGAAAACUCUGGUUUCCCUGACCAGACCUAUGACACCUGGAAAUCCCGAGGUUUAAGCGCCUACGUGGGAGGACUCUGGGUUGCGGCUCUGUAUGCGACUCACGACAUGCUCAAACACGUGGGCAACAAGACUUUUCUCGGCGCAGUCAGGCACUGGCCCGAGGUCAACGACAAUCUGUCCGGACUGCUGAAGCGCGCCAAGUCCGCUUACCACGACCAACUUUGGGGGGGUGAAUUCUACCGCUAUGACAGCACCACUCCGUCGGAUGCGCGGAACAACUCCGUGAUGGCCGACCAGCUGAGCGGCUACUGGUUUCUCCGCAUGGGCGGUGCGCCUGUUGACGCUAUUCUACCAGUGGAUGCUGUGAUGGGGACACUGAAAACGAUUGUCAGAUUGAAUUGGCUCAGUGUUCGUAACGGUAAGCUCGGGGCAAUCAACAGUGUCUUCUCCAGCGCCAAAACAGACAAUACCAAUAUGCAGGCUGAAGAGUUUUGGGUCGCCGUCAACUAUGGCCUUGCGGCCCUCCUCAUUCUUCAUGGCAAAUCACCAGAGGGCUUCAGGCUAGCGGGUGUCUGUUUCGAGCAUGUCUACAACCACCUAGGUCUACACUUUCAGACGCCCGAGGCAUUCACAAAGGAAGCUACAUACCGGUCGUUGGGGUACAUGCGACCCCUCGCGAUCUGGAGCAUCCAGCGUGCCAUCAAGAUGACGCACCCGACCCAUUAG